AUGAGCUUGCACACAUACACAACGCAGGGGGCAUCGGGGCUGGUCGUGCAACUCAUCAGUGCCUCUUUUACGUGCGUCGGAGUCUCAGCAAAUCGUGGAAUGAGAAAGGGCAGUCGACGACGUUGCGCCAUAACGGGGGAAUCUAAUUUCUCACAAACAACACCUAGGACACAAUUCGCAAGCGGAAGCCACGAAGACAGCAACGCCUUUAAUUUCCCUCGCUGGUCCCGUCGCGGGUUAUUCCACAGGCGCUCUGGAACCCCCAACCUGGCGGCCAUGCGUAACUGCUGCUCCACAUUACCCUCCUCGCCGAGAAAGGUGCGGUACAGCUGCCAAACAGGUUCCAGCAUCAAUUGCACCGCCAGCGGCUGCUGUCCGGCUCGCCGUGGAGUUGGAUGUGCAGUCCUUGUUUUGGCGUCAAUGUAG